AUGGAAGUAACGGAGACGUUGAGCGGCCGCGUGGCGGAGGAGCGCCUUUCGCUCCCCGCGGAAGACCCCUCGGGGCUGGGCGGGACGGCCUUCGAGGGGCUGCCCGAGGCUGGGGAAGCGGGGCUCUCCUUCCUCGCCCCCGAGGGAGGAGAGGGCCUGCCUGGCCCGGCCCCCUGCUCUGAGGAGGGGCCGCCGCCGCCCCUCCAUCUCGGGCCCCCCAUCUCUUGCCCGGCCUUGACCGCAGGCCCUGGAGAGGGGGCGGUGGGGGAUCAGUCGAUCUCCCCGGAGGGGCAAGGAGAGCGGGCGGCCCAGAGCCCCCUUUUCGCCCCGGACAAGGAAGAGUUGAUGGACGAAGGCGGCGUCUCUCCCGCGGGAUCCGAGAGACACCUGGAUUGUAUGAUUCAAGAGUUAAUAUCUAACGCCCUGGAGAAGGAAGAGUUGAUGGACAAAGGCGGCGUCUCUCCCGCGGAAUCCAAUUCUGGAUCCGAGAGUGGUACAGAUAGCCCCUCUUCUGUUUCCUCUACUUCGUCCUGUUCUCCAGUGCUAUCUGGGGAAGAUGACCAGCAUUAUAAGAAUGAUGAAAACUCUCACAGCAUUGGAAAAAAAGAUGAAGUAUCUGAAAAGUCACUUCCUGUUGAAGAGUGGAAAAUUGUCCUACCAGAAUCUGUUGAACUGAUGCCUUUUGGAAAAGUUUCCAGCAUCGUUGAAAACUUAGUUAUAGUUGAGUCGUUGAAGGGGCUCCCUCCAGUGAAUGAGGACAGUGUAUUUUUCAAACAAGAUCGUUAUUCGAUAGGAAAGGUGUUUGAGGUGUUUGGCCCUGUGUCGCAUCCUUUUUAUGCGCUACAGUUCAGCAGCCCUGAGCACAUUGAAGCAAAGGAUAUUAAAGUACACGACGAUGUGUAUUUUGCUCCAUCAAUUGAAAGCUUCACUCAGUAUAUAUUUCCAGAAAAAAUAAAACGGGAUAAAGGAUCUGAUGCAUCAUGGAAGAAUGAUGAAGAGCCCCCACCUGAGGCUUUAGAUUUUAGUGAUGAUGAAAAAGAGAAAGCGGCAAGACAACAGAAGAAAUCUCAAAACCUAAGAAGAAAGAUGUUUAGAUCACAAGAUGAAUCUAAUGAGAAUGGAAUUCAUUAUCAGCCCAGGAGACAUUAUCCUUCAAAUUAUUCAAGUGGAUCUCGUAGGGGAGAAUUUAAUCCCUCCUUUUCAAGGGGCAGAUUUCCUCAUUCACCAGUUCCUCCGCAUUCCUACAGACAGCAAGUAAAACCUCCACAGCAUUACGGUUCUCACUACACAGAACUUCAGAAGCCUUCCGCUCUCUUUCAGCAUCAGAGGAAGGGAAGUCCUCGAAGGCAGCAGUAUUCUUUUCCUCCCCCAUCAUUUGGAACAGUUAGUAAUGAGGCGAAUCCCUUUCCGCUUCCACCUCCAACUUGGGGAUGGCCUCAUGACUGUGCUCAGAAUACGUAUGACCCGCUGUUGUCAUUGCUCUCGCUGCCGCCACCACCGCCGCCUCCACUGCCACCUCCAUCAGCUGCUCCUCCUAACAAUACUUAA